AUGGACGACCUAGAGCCCCUGGAUCCUUCUUAUGUCGAAGACGUUCUAUCUCGAUUGCCAUUCGUGAGCAUCUCUGGAGUCAUCAACAGCUCGCUAAGAUUACGGAAGAAGGCGGGUGCUGAACCCUCCUAUCCCGGACGGGAUUAUAAUCUCCACACAGGCAAAGCACAGAUGAAGGACUUGGGUAUCACCGCCGUUUUUGACCUGCGCUCGGACACGGAGAUCGAGAAGUACAACACACCGCUGCCAACUAUCGAAGGCGUUGAAGUCCACCAUGUGCCGGUGUUCCAGAAGGAGGAUUAUAGCCCCGAGAUGAUGGCCAGACGAUACCAGCUCUACGCCAGCGGGAAAACCGAGGCGAGUCCCGCCUUCAUGGAACUGUACUCGCAGAUUCUGGACAGUGGCGGUCCGGCGUUUGGUUCCAUUUUGCGCCACGUGCGCGACCGUCCAAGCGACGGAUGUCUCUUCCAUUGCACAGCCGGAAAAGAUCGGACUGGGGUUAUUGCUGCCAUCCUACUGAAGCUCGCCGGGGUGGACAAUCAAGCUAUCGCCCAUGACUAUGCUCUCACCCGCAUAGGUCGUGAGCCGGCUCGGGAGAUGAUCAUGGAGAGAUUGUCAAAGGAACCGCUCUUCGCUUCGAAUAGCGAAGCAGCCAUGAAUAUGUUCACUUGCCGAUCAGUGACUAUGUCAGCUUUCCUCGACUUACUCGACGCCAAGUACUCUGGUGCCGAAGGAUACUGCAAGAACAUCGUUGGACUCUCUGACGAGGAUAUCUCUGUCAUCCGACAGAAUCUGCUAGUGCCCUCAAGUACACCCUGAUAUUACAUACAUCUCACUACACAGCAUCUAAUCAUACGCACCCUGCAUAGACACGUCUGCACCCGUCGCCGAUCGCAAAUCUCGGUUCUGAAGGGCCGCGAUUUCGGCUUUGAGUUUCUCCUGCGCUUUUCGAUCAGCCUUGUCGAAGAUUGAAAACGGGGGAGGUGGAGGGUCUUGAUUUUUCAGGUCUGCUUGAGAUCAGCACGUAAACAUAUCUCGAGUUAGUUCGGCUUACUGUAGGCAGCGAAUGUGAAAACUUCAGCCAUGAAGUCAUGGUUGCGCCGGUA